UUUCAACCAAACAACGGAAUAAAUCCACAAAACCAACGCUCAAACGUGUUGGAUGGUUUCUGGUUCUCCCUAUGAGAAACUUUUUGGCCCUUAUCGUUUUUUCACCUCCAUUUUCCUCAACAACUCCAAACAACUUCCACCACCCGUUGUCAGUUUAGUAAUAGCCGACUUUCUCAACCAUAUCGCUUCAGGGUUUUCCAUAUCUCGUUGCAACCCUUCUUUCAAAUCUCCACAAUCUUCAUCAAAGCCUCAACUUUUCCUUGAGAGCGUCACAUUUGGUCAUCUGGGUUUUGUUGCUGUUGCUCAAUUGCUCAACCUCUGAUCAGAUUAGUUUCUCAAUUUCUGACAGUUUGAUGGACAACAGGGCAGAGGUAAAACGAGUUUUUCAGAUGUUUGAUCGAAACGGAGACGGGAAGAUCACCAAGAAGGAGCUCAGGGACUCUUUAGAGAACCUGGGGAUCUACAUUCCUGACAAGGACUUGAUCCAGAUUAUCGAAAAAAUUGACGUGAACGGAGAUGGGUUCGUGGAUAUCGACGAAUUCGGGGCCUUGUACCAGACUAUCAUGGACGAGAGGGAUGAAGAGGAGGACAUGAGGGAAGCAUUCAACGUGUUUGAUCAAAAUGGAGAUGGGUUCAUUACAGUGGAUGAGUUGAGGUCAGUUUUGUCAUCUUUGGGGCUGAAGCAGGGGAGGACAUUGGAGGAUUGCAAGAUAAUGAUAAAGAAGGUGGAUGUUGAUGGAGAUGGGAGGGUUAAUUACAAGGAGUUUAAGCAGAUGAUGAAAGGUGGUGGAUUUGCUGCUUUAGGUUCAACUUGAUUCUAUAAGAGCAACCUAUUUGCUUGUGUACUCUUGUGAAAUCUCAUGUUAAAAGAACGCAAAAUCCUUUUGUUUCUUUGUGGGUUUUUACCAUCAUUUCUAGUUUUUUUUUUUUUUUUUUUUUUUUUUCCUCCUCCUGGUGAUUUUCAUAUUUUUAGUUAGUUUCUUUGUAACGUGUUUGAUAUGAUCAUAAAUAUAUAGUAGGACGCCUUCAAGGGGGAACAAGUAAUAUCGUUGUA